CUGGAUGAGUUGGUCCGCAAUAUGCUGCUGGCUUUUCUGGCUGUGCUUUUAGUGAACUUGCUUCUCGUGGCAAACAUAGUCACGUGUCUACUCGUACUGACGUGUGUCGUCAUCACCAUGGUGGACGUCGCAGGCUUGAUGUAUUUCUGGGACGUGGAUGUGAACUUUUUGACUGCUACAUUCAUAAUUCUCUCUAUUGGGUUGGCUGUUGACUACUCUGCUCAUAUUGGGCUGGCUUUCAUGAAAAACACAGGAACCAGAGAAGAGCGCAUUCAGAAGUGUUUGGUUGAACUUGGAAGUGCAGUCUUCAAUGGAGGUUUUAGCAACUGUCUUGCUCUACUACCACUCGCGUUUUCCACUUCAUAUGCUUUCAAAACUUUUUUCAAGACUUUCAUCUUGGCAUCGCUGCUUGGAUUAUACCAUGGCCUUUUGUUCUUACCAGUGACCCUGAGUAUACUGGGUCCAUCGCCAUAUCAGUCGGCCCUCAAAGCGAAAAAAGAGUUUAAGGAAGCGAAAGGACGCCACGAAGCUUGGUCACUUCCAGUGAGAGAAGAAGCUACCAAAGUCAAAACGAAAAACGUCAAGAAUGACGUUUAAAGCUAAACUUACGCUGAAGAUCUCGUGGCCAUAGCCCACACCCCCCUUAUUCAUACGUG